UCCCCGAGCUCUCAUCCUGCCCCGCGCCGCCGCCACCCCACGAGACCACCACCCACCGGAAGGAAGCGAAGGAGGAAAGAUGGUGUCGGGUUCCGGCAUCUCGGCGCGGCGCGUGGUGGUGGACGCGCGCCACCACAUGCUGGGCCGGCUGGCGUCGAUCGUGGCCAAGGAGCUCCUCAACGGGCAGCGGGUCGUCGUUGUCCGGUGCGAGGAGAUCAGCGUCUCCGGCGGGCUCGUCCGCCAGAAGAUGAAGUACCUCCGCUUCCUCCGCAAGCGGAUGAACACCAAGCCUUCCCACGGGCCCAUCCACUUCCGCGCGCCCUCCCGCAUCUUCUGGCGCACCGUCCGCGGCAUGAUCCCGCACAAGACCCCUCGCGGCGAGGCCGCGCUCGCCAGGCUCAAGGCAUACGAGGGCGUCCCGCCUCCCUUUGACCGCACCAAGCGCAUGGUCAUCCCCGACGCGCUCAAGGUUCUGAGGCUGCAGGCGGGCCACAAGUACUGCCAGCUCGGCGAGCUCUCCAAGGAGGUCGGAUGGAACUACCAGGACACCAUCAGGGAGCUGGAGGAGAAGAGGAAGGAGAAGGCUAAGGUCUCCUACGACAGGAGGAAGCAGUUGGCCAAGCUGCGCGUCAAGGCCGAGAAGGCUGCCGAGGAGAAGCUGGGUUCUCAGCUGGACAUCCUGGCGCCAAUCAAAUACUAGACUACCGCCUGAUGAUCUGUGAUCUUGUUGAGAUCCUGAAAACUUGCAUUGUCGGUUUUGCUGGAUAAUAUCUGUGAUCUUUACUGCAGUUUCCGCUAGUAGUGUUAAGGUGUUCAUGAGAUUUGAAAUUGCUGAUCAUCUAUACUAUUCCCGUCUUGUAGCAAAUGGAUUGUUUGUUUAUUCUUGGAAAUGCUAUGAUUUUGAGAUUGGUUUUUUUCCCU